CCCGUUGUUGUGCUGAGAAAGAGUCUCUGGCACCAACAGCGAGGAGCCGCCAGAGCCUCCGUGUGUCCGGAUAAAGCUGCUGCUCUCCGGCUUCACCUCGGACUCAUCUCCCGGGAGCCUCCGGAGCUACUGGAGCAGACAUCCAGCAGCUGUCGGGGAGCAAAGAAGAGCAAGAGUGGAGCCCCAGUCUGGACCAGGAGGACCCAGAUCCCCUACAAAAUAAAGAGGAGAUGAGUCUCAGUCUAGACCAGGAGGACCCAGAGCCCCUACACAUUAGAGAGGAGUGGAGCCCCAUUCUGGACCAGGAGGACCCAGAGCCCCUACAAAAUAAAGUGGAGAUGAGUCUCAGUCUAGACCAGGAGGACCCAGACCCCACACACAUUAGGGAGGAGUGGAGCCCCAGUCUUCACCAGGAGGACCCAGAGCCCCUACACAUUAGAGAGGAGUGGAGCCUCAGUCUAGACCAGGAUGACCCAGAGCCCCUACACAUUAGAGAGGAGUGGAGCCCCAUUCUGGACCAGGAGGACCCAGAGCCCCCACACAUUAAAGAGGAGUGGAGCCUCAGUCUAGACCAGGAGGACCCAGAGCCCCCACACAUUAAAGAGGAGUGGAGCCUCAGUCUAGACCAGGAUGACUCAGAGCCCCCACACAUUAAAGAGGAGUGGAGCCCCAUUCUGGACCAGGAGGAUCCAGAGCCCACACACAUUAGAGAGGAGUGGAGCCCCAGUCUGGACCAGGAGGACCCACAGCCCCUACACAUUAAAGAGGAGUGGAGCCCCAGUCUAGACCAGGAGGAUCCAGAGCCCCCACACGUUAAAGAGGAACAGGAGGAACUCUGGACCAGUCAGGAGGGAGAGCAGCUUCCAGGACUGGAGGAGGCUGAUAUCACCAAGUUCCCAUUCACUCCUGUCCCUGUGAAGAGUGAAGAAGAUGAUGAUGAAGAGAAACCUCAGUCCUCACAGCUUCAUCAAAGCCAAACUGAACAGGUGGAAGCUGAUGGAGAGGAUUGUGGAGGACCAGAUCCAGCCAGGAACUCUGAUCUAAAUAGACUUUUACCAUCCGAGACCGAAGACAGUGAUGACUGGGAGGCAACCACAGAACCUAAGUCAGGUUUAAACUCUCCUAAUAAUAAAGAAGUCCUAGUCAGUCGUAGGACACACAUUACUGACAAAAAAUGGUUUAGCUGCACGGUGUGUGGGAAAAGAUUUACCAUAAAAACAACAUUGCGAAUACACAUGAGAACGCACACUGGAGAGAAACCAUACAGCUGCUCUGUGUGUGAGAAAACAUUUACUCAAAAGGGACAUUUGCAGAGACACACAAGAACGCACACAGGAGAGAAACCAUAUGGCUGCUCUGAGUGUGGGAGAAGAUUUACUCAAAAGGGAGAUUUGCAGACACACAUGAAAACUCAUACAGGAGAGAAACUAUAUAGCUGCUCUGAGUGUGAGAAAAGAUUUACUUUAAAGGGACAUUUGCAGACACACAUGAAAACUCAUACAGGAGAGAAACUAUAUGGCUGCUCUGAGUGUGGGAAAAGAUUUACUCAAAAGGGACAUUUGCAGACACACAGGAGAGCGCAUACAGGAGAGAAACUAUUCAGCUGCUCUGAGUGUGGGAAAAGAUUUCCUCUAAAGGGAACUUUGCAGACACAUAUGCAAACUCAUACAGGAGAGAAAUUAUACAGCUGCUCUGAGUGUGGGAAAAGAUUUACUUUAAAGGGAACUUUACAGAGACACACGAGAACGCACACAGGAGAGAAACCAUUCAGCUGCUCCGAGUGUGGGAAAAAAUUUACUCAAAAGGGACAUUUGCAGACACACAAAAGAACGCACACAGGAGAGAAACCAUUCAGCUGCUCUGAGUGUGGGAAAAGAUUUACUCAAAAGGGAGAUUUGCAGACACACAUGAAAACUCAUACAGGAGAGAAACUAUAUAGCUGCUCUGAGUGUGGGAAAAGAUUUACUUUAAAGGGAACUUUGCAGACACACAUGAAAACUCAUACAGGAGAGAAACCAUAUGGCUGCUCUGUGUGUGGGAAAAGAUUUACUCAAAAGGGUCAUAUGCGGGCACAUCUGACAACGCAUACAGGAGAGAAACCAUAUGGCUGCUCUGAGUGUGGGAAAAGAUUUACUCACAAGGGAGAUUGGAAGAGACACACGAGACGCCACACAGGAGAGAAACCAUUCAGCUGCAAUGUAUGUGACAGAAGAUUCAAUUGGCAUAAACUCAAAAAACACAAGUGUGUUGGUGAGUUCUUACAUGGAAACUACACCGGAGAACAAAGAGGCAGAGCCUCGAACCAGCAGCUCAGCUGAACAGAUGAGAACAGGUGGAAACAGAAGCUGAUAGAGAGGACUGUGGAGAAUCUGAACCAGCCAGGAUCUCUGAUCCAGAUAAACAUUUACAACCUGAGACUGAAGACUCUUCUGAGACUGUUGACUCUGACAGUGAAGACGACUGGUCGUCUACUGAGAAGUGUUAGAGUGUGGUCAAGCUGCAAAAUGGGCGACAGGGCUUGACGAUAACGAUGGCUCGGGGCAAGUAAAAAGUAACGUCGGGACAGUUGAACUAGCAACUCACUGGCCCGAUCGGGCCACUGCAAAAACAUUAGUGUUUAAAAAAAAUAAAUUAGAAACUCAACAUCCUGCAGUUGCUUUGCAGCUCAUGGCGUGCACCAUUGUCCAAUCCAGAUUUGUAGUUACGUGACGAGUGGUUGUCAGAUGUUAUUUCUCUAAUCUCAAUCAAGUGGCAACCUCGGGGUCUGAAAGUGAAACGAUGCAGACAGAACUUAAACCUGCAUUCUCUCUAAAAGCCAGCAGGGGCGAGGCCGCUGGCUGUUAUGGUCCUAUUUAGGGGAAAAUAGACGAUAAUGGAACAUAUGCUUUUGGGCGGGACUACCUUGUGAUUGACAGGCCGCUACCAUGGCGACCUGUAAAGUAAAUUGUUUUGUUAACCUUUUUAUUUUUUAUAAUUUUAAUUGUGAUUACAUUUUUGUUUAGUUUUAUUAUAUCCA